AAAAGAAAGAAGAAAAAGAAAAGGGCUAACCACCUGCGGAAGACGAAGUGAGGGGAGCAUCGCCGGAGUCAGAGACGGCACGGCGAUUCCGGCUCAACAAACCACCAGGGGAACAAGACGGGCGGCGGCGGCGCGGAGAUGGGGAGCUCUCUCGGCGGCUGGCCGUCGUACAACCCGCACAACUUCAGCCAGCUCGCCCCGGCCGACCCCUCCGCUCAGCCCUCGGUCGAAUGUCACACCAGCCACUUACAUUGCAACUCACAGGACAGAUCCGCCUCCCAAUCAAGUGAUAACAACAGAACCCAGGAACAUCCUGCUGAGGCACUUCUAUCAGAAAUCCGAGGAGAAGCUGAGACCAAAGAGAGCAGCUCCAGACAAUCUCGCUCCGGAGAACAACAACAAACAGCCCAGGGGUCCGGUUGCCGAUGUUGGAAGCCAGUCAAACGCAAGAAGCUGAACCACAGCUGGUGGCUGCCCUCCUCUGCAUCCCUCAAUGUCAUGCGACCUGUGUUUGGCAUGCCAGCUGAAGCCUGCGUUCUCUUGAUAGCUGACGGUUGAUCCAAAGAGCUAAGCAGUUUUACAUGCAUGAAUGUACAUAGCAAGCUCAAGAUAGCUAGCUCAGUGCGUGACCUUUCACAUGGCACUGCUGAACUGCAGCCACUUCCUUCUUUUCAUCCUCUGAAAAUUAUGAAUGUGCCCAUGCUCCUAUGCUAGCCCUGGUCUCUUGUA